CAGAACCCUCUUCUUCCUGCUUCAGCUCUGUUUUUGUCUGAUUUGUCGCGCUUUCUAUCCAAUUACUGCUCUUGUCUCAGCAGUACGCGUGUGUAUCUUCUUCGAUGAGGUGUCCAAUUCGUGCACCUCCGAGAAGUCUCAGGACUCUUCCUGUAAUCCAGUAAUUUAUAUCCCCCCCUCUCUCUCUCUCUCGCAAUCUCACCACAGGGAGCGGUACUUCUGCUGCUUAAUUGGACCAUGUCGUUGGCUCGUGCUUUCCUCACCGGUGCUCUGCGCGGCCGCUGCUUUCCGAGCACCAUCGUCGCCGCCGCGCGCUUAAAACAAGGCCUGGCUCCGGCUCCUCCACUUCCGCUGCCGUACUCCUCUUCCGCAAUUGAAAACAGAGACGACGACAAAAGCAGCGUCCAGGUGGAGGUGACUCAAACGUCUUCGCCGGCACCUGCUCGGGGCCGCGGCCGGCGUUGGCUCUCUUGGAGGAAUCCGCGGGACCACUUCCCCCUCCAUAUGAACUCUGGGCUGGGUAACGCGCUGAUGCAGGUGUCGGAGAACCUGAACCGGCUGCUGAAAAGUUGGUCGCCGUCGCGGCUUCUUGGCCGGUUGAAGGAGGACGACAAGUGCUACAAGCUCCGGUUCAUGGUGCCGGGGCUGCGGAAGGAGGACGUGCGCGUCACCGUGGAGGACGGGAUGCUGGUGAUUACCGGGGAGGUGGAGGACGAGGUGGAGGACGAUGAGGGGGUGGUGGUGGGGGGCGGGGAGUCGACGACGGAGGACGAGGAGGAUGAGGGGAGGUGGUACGCGCAUAGGUACGGGUACUACAACACGACGCUUCUUCUGCCGGAGGACGCGAAGGUGGACGAGAUCACAGCGGAGCUGAGGGACGGCGUGCUGCGGGUCUACAUACCAAGGGCGGAGGAAAAGAAGAGCAACGCGAGGGUAAUCGACAUUAAGUAGACGAAGGAUUCGCUUUUGUGUGUGUACUGAUUUCAUCUUCUCUGCUACUGCAAUGGGCUUCAUGAA